AUGGCGACCACGAAGGUGACCGUGGACAUCCGGACGAUCAUGGCCGUCGAGCCCAUCGAGUACAGCAUCUACUACUACCUGGGGGCCACGUACACGUCGAUGAUGGAGCACAUCCUCUACGGCUCGAUGACGCUGUCGGACGCGUCCAUGAAGAAGUUGCUGCACCCGAUGAGAGACAUGCCGGAGUACGAGGACUGGGUCACGGACAGAAUUAGGCACGGGUACUCGGUACUCCUUAUCGGUAAGGACACGCACUACCUUAUGGAGAGGAUUAUAAACCCGAUUAAGUACGCGAAGAUAUACACCAUCGGUAGGACGCUCGUGUUGUGGAUGGCGGUCGUGGACGUGACUACGGAGUGGUACAGGCGGACGAAGCGCGUGAUGGAGACGUACGAUACCGGGUUCGGGGCCAUGUUCAUCAACAUGACCAGCAACUGGUUCGUGUACGUGCCCAUGAUGGAGGGCGUGAACAUCUACGCGCCGUGGCACAUCAACCCGCGCACCAACAGCGCUACGAGUACGACGUCGGAUUCGCACCCCGUCUGGUUCGUCUGCUUGUGCAUGAUUCUGUUCACCCACACGAUGAAGUUGUCCAACGCCGGCUUGGGCUCGGUCGCUACCACCAUGUAG